AUGCGAUCGCUUGAAGAUAUCAUCAAGUUCAACUACGAGAACGACGGAAUCGAAGGAGGAAAUCCCUUUGAUGGGAACUACACGAUGUCCGGCCGUUACAGAGUGUACCACGGCGUUCCAGCUUUUCGGUCUGGACAGGAUGGUUUCUUGAUGUCUAACCAGACCCAAGGAGGCCGGAAUAGCACCUACUGGCACGCUCUUAACUACAUGCAGAACACCACACGCAGCGGCAUCGACGGUGCACUGAGCCACAAUGGAAAACGGCUGUCAGGCUUGCUCGUGCCUAUCUCAGUAGCCCAGACUUACCAGAUAGCGGCGCAGGCUGGGUACCCGAUGAUCACGAUCCCAGCAGGAGUGUAUUCCGACACUGGCAUGCCUUUUGGUAUGGGAAUCAUGCAAACUGCGUUUGCAGAAGAAGAACUUGUACGGUGGGCCAGUGCCAUCGAAGACUUACAACUAACCUCGGACACACUGCUCAAAAGAACGCGGCCGAGGUGGUUGAGGCACCUGGAAAAGCCUAUUCCCAUCGGCCGGGAGCCGAAGGGUAAUUGA